AUGGCCAAUUUGGAGGCUCAACGCUUACUUGAUCAAGUCAUUCUUGAUUACAUGUUUAUAAAAGGUUUACAUGAGACUAUAGAGACAUUCCGCCGUGAAGUUUUUGCUAAUCAAAAUUUUUAUGCUGUCAAUUCUUCUCAAGAAGCAUUUCUGCAAAUGUGGUGGAAUAAAUUCUAUGAAACAUAUAACUUUGUGUACCCAAACGUUCCUAUGCUCAAUGUUGAAUCCGUUGAUAAGGUAUCAUUAGUAGUGGAAGACAUCGUUACUAACAACGUUCAUACACAUCAAUUAAAUGCUUCUAAUGAUCAUACGAUGGAAAAUACAUCUAAUAAUGUGAUGGACAUACCGCUUUCACCUGAUAUGUUAGAGUGGCUGGAAAAAGAACCAAUUUUAGAGGCUUCUGAACGAAUGAAUGAGAUUGAUUUUGAAGGACCUGCAAAUGCUUUGCUUGCUUCACCAGAACUUAUAGAUGCAGGGAAUAAUACAUCUAUUCAACAAGCAUUUCAUCAAGAAUGGCCAUCUAAUGUAACAAUGCAUAUUCAAGAGGAACAAUUUCCGGGAAUUACUACUGUAUCAUCUCCGCGACAAGUAGUUUUACCUGAGGGAGCAGUUGAAUAUUACUAUGGUAAUAAGCUCUACCAUGCUCUUACAAGUGUUGGAGAUUUCCUUCCUAGUCACAUUGAAGGUGGAAACCAUGCAGGAGUGUUUGGUGAUACAAAUCAAAGAAACUCAUGGAAUGAAUUAGCAGAACAACAAACAAUGGAUUCUCCUGAAAGAAUUUUGAGAAGAGAGGGAAAACAACCUAUGGUGGAGACUGCAGGAAGAAAGAGGAAAUCUCCAUUGAGUUCUCUGGGAUUAGUUGAGAAAGAAAUUGGAGGUCCAAAUAAUUCAAUCGUCGUAUCGACGCAAAAAGAUAAACAAAAAGGGUUUUUUCUAAAAAAUAUUCAUAACUAUCGUGCUACAAAUAUUGAGCUCUUAUGUUGUCACUUUAAUACACAAGGAGAGUUUUUGGCUACUGGUGGACAUGACAAUAAGGUUAUGAUUUGGAAUUUGGGAAAUAACGAUUUUAGUAGUAGAGAAGGUCAUAGUCAGGAUAUUACAGAUAUUCGUUUUAGACCAAACUCAACAAUGUUUGCAACAUCUUCCCUUGACAAAACUGUGAAAAUAUGGGAUGCAGCUGAGCCAACAAAGACUUAUAGAAACCUUGAAGGACAUCAUGGGCAUGUGAUGUCAGUUGAUUAUCAUCCAACAAUGGUGGAUCUUCUCAGUUCUUGUGAUUACAACAAUGAGAUUAGACUGUGGAAUGUCAAUGGGGGUGAUUGCAUGCUCAGUCUUAAGGGAGGGAGUAGACAAGUUAGAUUUCAACCUCAACUUGGGAGCCUUUUGGCAAGUUCUACCAAUAAUAUCAUAAAUAUUUUUGAUAUUGAGACUCAAACCAUCCAGAAAACAUUACAAGGACACGAUGGAAACAUUCUUUCAAUCUGUUGGGACGUAACUGGAAAAUACAUUGCAUCUGUGAGCGAAGAUAGCGCACGAAUUUGGUCUAUUCGUGAAGGAAUGUGGAUAUUUGAAUUGCUCUCUGGUGUGAAUAAGUUUCAAUCCUGCAUUUAUCACCCAGGCCAAAUUCUAGCGUUGGUGAUUGGUUCUAAUAAGGUUUUGGAGUUGUGGAAUCCAAUGUGUAAAGCAAACAUAACUUCAUCAUAUAGAGCACAUGAUGGUAUAAUUUCUUCAUUAGCAGGUUUACGUGGUAAAGGUAUUAUAGCUUCAGUGAGUCAUGAUCGAUGGAUCAAGAUAUGGUCAUAA